AGUGUGUCCUCCACAAGCAAUCUUUUUCUCAUUUUUCCCUUUAUCAUUGUACCUUACAAUUCUUGUGCAUUAUGGCUUCUCUGGGCACUAGUAGCAAUGAAAUGUCAAUUGACCAUAUUGAGAUUCUCAUCAUACAUUCUAAUGAUAUAGAAGCAAAGCCUAGCCAAUACAUUGAAGAAAACAAUAUUGAGUACUGUCAAAGGGCGCAGUGGCUUGGAGCUGUGUUUGGAGCCAAAAAUGGGUUGGUCUUAAUCACCUUAUUGAUGAUGGCCGUUGAAGCUUUGAAUGAAGACAUCACAACCAUGCUUCUUGCCGGCUUCGCAGGACUAGUUGUUGGGGCUAGCGGUAUGGCAAUUGAAGAAUAUGUGUGCGCUCAAUUAGACACAGAGGUAGCUGAAAUGAAAGUCCACAAUAACAAACACAAAGAAGUGGAGGAAGAUGACGAACAACUUAACCCUUUUCAGGCUUCCAUAGCAUCAGCAAUUGGAUUUUCUGUUGGUGCUGCUGUGUCAGUGCUAGCAGCUGUUUUUAUAAGGGACUAUAAGAUCAGGUUAUUGGUUUUUGCUGUGUCCAUCUUGGCAUUUUUCGUAUUUGGAGGUGUAGGAACAGUACUUGGUGAAAGUAAAACACCAGUGAGAAGGACUUGUGAUUGUGAUAGUGCUGAUUUGAGGUUGGAUGACUAUGGCUAUUACUUUUGGCUUUGACCAAGUUUAUUGGCUAUACUAGACUUUGAAUGUGAUUACUAUACAAAUAAAUAACUUCAGUUGUUUUAAUUUC